CCGAGACGAACCGCCAGAAACCUGCCCAGUACUACUGCCAGUCGACGACCAUUGCCGUCUUGAAUCAAUGUCCAUCGCAGUCGCAUGACCGAGCCCGUAACCACUUGCGAACGAUCCAGUCAGGACCAUAACCACAGAGGAACGCGACCGCUACCUAUACAGACGAAAAGUGACGAGCCGAGGCAACCCUAACGAAACGAGCUUACUACCAAGUACCAACCGACCGGGGAACCCGAGCAGAACACCAAAGAAUAAUACCGGAGAAAACAUCCGUCAAACGUCAACAACGCCCGAGCUUGUUAAAAGAGAAGAUUCGUAUUUGGGAGAAAGAGGUGCAAGAACAAACCACAACAAAGGCUGGCUCGGAAUCAACAUCAAACUGCCAUCAUCCCCCUGCGAGGAGCCGCCGGCCUGGCUUUAGAUGAGCAGUGAACUCAACGGCCGUUGCGUAACCACCAGAUCCAAUGGGAGCCUCUACACUCGAUAAGCAAUGACGGGAACAGAAGCCACGGAAAAGCCCAACGGCAAAGAGGCGGGAACCAAGGACAUCAUCAAGUCCGGAAGCGACACCAAGCCCAAGGAUCACCAUCCCACGCCCGCAGACGAUGUGCAAAAGGCGCCCAAGAAGCGCCGCAAGGUCAAUCAUGCCUGCCUUUACUGUCGCCGAUCUCACAUGACGUGUGAUCUUGAGAGACCUUGUACAAGAUGCAUCAAGCGAAAUAUCGGCCAUCUCUGCCACGAUGAGCCUCGCGAUACCGAGUCGCGCAAGGCCAAGAGCGUGCUUGGGACUUCGACCUUACAUGACUCCGAGUCCCAGCCGGACAUUGGGCGCAACGCUACGGACAAGACCAUGAGACCACCCGGUUUUGAUGGCGGUAUGGGCAAUGGAUCUGUCCAGGUAGCAGGUGCUGCAGCGGUAGGCCGGGGCGCUCCUCUCCAGCUCGUGCAACCAGGUUCUGUUGCUGGCAUACAAGCCAGCGCCCUUGGCGGUAGCAUGAAUCAAUUUGCCGGUCUUCCGGAUUCUUGGUUAACCACUCAAAACCACUAUCACGACAUGCACAACUUCCAUCCAAACUACAUGGUGGCACCUGAGGUUACGAAUGAAUUCAAUCUACUGAACGAAUUCUUGUCGGCAGGCUUGCUUGAGGAGUCGGCCUUCAUGUCCGAUGAUCAUGGCCUAAUAUUGGGGGCAAACCAGUCUGCGGUGUCGGGAUUGCCUAAUGCCAAUAACAACGCCAACAAUGCUAGCAGUAACAGCAAGGGAAAUAGCAGCAGCAACAGCGGCAUGCUCCCCCCAAGUGCCACACAAGGGACCUCGAUGCUACCACCAAGUAGCGACCAAACAACGGCGAUAGGGAAGCCCGCGAGUACAAACUUGGAUAAUGCCCGGGAUGCAUACUAUCUUCAAGCGGCAGAUCCGUCUGGAAACGACACACCGGAGGAACGCAUGCAGCGCUUGCUACGAGCCAAGUACGAAGCCGGACUAUUAAAGCCGUUCAACUACAUCCUUGGCUAUAAGAGGCUCUCGGAUUAUCUGGAUGGACACGUGUCGCCGACGUCAAAACAAAAGAUUCUGAAGCAGAUCGACCGGUUCCGGCCCAAGUUCCGCGAGAAGAUACAAUUAUUGACUGAUAUGGACCUGCUGAUGGUGGAAAUGUGGUUCGAGAGGACGCUGUUGGAGUACGACCGAGUUUUCGCCAGUAUGGCCGUUCCAGCCUGUUGCUGGAGACGAACCGGACAGAUUUUUAGGGGAAACAAAGAGAUGGCGGAGCUCAUAGGCGUGCCAGUAGAGAGUUUACGAGGGGGUCAAAUCGCCCUGCAUGAGAUCCUGACGGAAGAGUCGAACGUGAGAUACUGGGAAGAAUUCGGCACAAUAGCAUUCGACCCGGCUCACGAUACCCUGAUCACCGCGUGUUCACUCAAGAACCCCAACGAUGACAAGGGGACCAAAGUUGUGAACUGUUGCUUUUCUUUCAGGAUCCGGAGGGACGAUCACAAGAUUCCGAGCUUGAUUGUUGGCAACUUCCUCCCUCACGACCCAUGACAGUGUUUUGUAUACACCCUGCCACAAUAUUGUUUUCCCAAAUCAGUACUCCUGUGAUCGGCAAUGCCGAUGAACAAUGCGACACUUGUUUGCCAUUAGCCAUUGCUACGUAGCUUUGGUCGGAAAAGCAUGAAGCGCGGAAAACAGUACCUGGGUUUGCGACAAUCCACAAGAACUACCUCGCGUUACUGGUAUGGCCAUGCUCGAUACGGGACUUCGUGCUCAUCGUGAGUGGGCAGGAUACGCAUUUAGGUCGCGCAAACUAGUAAUAAAUGGCGGAAGGAGUAGGGCAACGUAAAGGCAAGAAGAAGGUCGCGCCUUCCGCGGAAAGACAGAAAGGGGCUGGCGCUUCUUCGGUGAUGCCUAAUUUCGAUGGGUACACCUGGGCAAAACUUGAUCAAUUUCACUGCAGCGUUCCUCACUUGACACUGCAAACCUUACCUAAUCAUUGCAUUGCAACUUGGAACUACAUGGUCUUCUGAGCAACCCAAAAAAAAA